AUGUCGGAUUUGGCCCAGGGUGCCGCUAUGCUUCAGAGAAACCCGAAAUCACAUAUUGCUUUUAUCGGAAUUGUGGCUGUCCAGGGUGAGCCUAACCAGGAGAGGUACAACGGCCAUAUUUACACCACUAUGCGUCUCCGCCUUCGCUGA